AACAUUCAACAGGAAGUAUAGUAUCCGGAGCCAGUACCGAUUCCGGUUUACAAUCAUCUUCUGGAGUAGAUGAAUCAGAGAAAGAUUGGUUUCCCAAGUCUCAGAACAAGCAAGUCCAGACAGAGGCAUUUACUUCAAAAGAUGCAUCACAGCAAGUUGUUUCUUCAAUGCUUGUUGACAAUGAAGUUCAAACAGAGGUGGAGCCAGUUGUUACUUUAACGCUUGUUGACAAUGAAGUCCAAACAGAGGUGGAGCCAGUUGAUGAUCACUACAUGCAGAUACCACGUUUUGACUGUAAAAGUAUUAUGAAGUCGCAUUCAUCCAAAUUCCGUCCCCUUUGCCCAGCUGUGUCCAAAAUAUUGCAGCUCACAGACUCCGAUAAUGAUUCCAACAACCUGGUCACAGUUUCAAGUAUCGUUGAAAUCUGCAAUGGAACUGUAACCUAUUCACCAGAUUUGAAGUUAAUAAGUUGUGCCACAACAGGCGGUGAUUUUGAUUUUCAUUGUUCUUCUAAUGUCACAGACAUGACAAGAAUUGGUGAAGACACCGUUCUAGCCACAAUUCCAUUCCACAAGAAAAUAGUUUUCAUUAAUCCAUCAAGUUUCCACAUAAAAUCUCUGGAUUAUAGUUUCUUUACAAUUUCUUAUUUCAAACAUUCUACAUUUGUAGAGACUGAAAUGUUUAGUAAGACAAUAUAUCUCAUAGACUGGGAUAAAAAUAAAUUUGAAGAAAAAUUUAGUGUGAAAGAAAUUGUUGGAAACAUAGCAGUUGGUGCACAGUAUCAUAUCUUAAUAGCCUUAGCUAAUAUAAAUAGAAUUAGCUGUUACACAAUAGAUGGCAGACACUUGUUUCAGUUGAGGACCCAUUCCAUCGAUAUUCCAACCGACCUCACCGUAUAUCGAAAUUAUUCUUACGCUCUGCAAGGAAAUGUAAUUUACAAGAUUUCAGCAAACGGUGCUGUAUCCCAAAGAGAAAUUUGGAUAAAAGCUCGAUAUAUUUGUGUGGGAACAAAUAAUAUUUACUUGACUGACCGUUUUGGUCUUGUACAUAUUAUUAGGACAAAUAAAGAUUUUUGGCCUCGGCUGUCUUACCAUCACCAAGACCAUGUCCCGAGCCUGAUAAACCAAAUCCAUAUUGAUGACCCCUCCAACAUUACAACGAUUCUACCUAUGUCAGCCUCUUCAGUAGUAAUUAUAUAUCGGGAUCUAAAAGCUAUAUUAGUUACUGAAGAAGGGCAACCGUUUGGUGGAAAAUGUUUAACCUUUAAACUCCAGCCUUCUGUUUUCUGUAGAGUGGAUUCGACCACAUUUCUUGUCCUUUUUAGUGAGGACAGGAAACUUCAGUAUAUUACCUGUCCACAACUAACUGAAGGUGAUUUAAUAGACGUCGAAAACAAUUACGUUCAAAUGUGUCAUAUGGUAUCAAAUAGGUGUUUGGCUCUGACCACCAAUGAAGGUAAAGUGGAGGUACAUAUUUUAUUGAUUAAAACGGAUCAUGUCGACAUUGUAAACAGAAUUUCAUUGGAACAUGACAAUGUCGCCAUUGCUGCUACUCCAAUUAAUUUUGUAGUUGUAGACAGAAAGAAACGUAACUUGUUAUUCUAUUCAAGCUUUGGUGAGGAGCUUUCCAAGAAACACAUUGAGUUCAAUUGCUAUCCUCAUCAUGUCUUCACAGACAAAUUAUACUUCUAUGUUAUCUUCAGGAGAGAGUCUUUGAUGACUUGUUACAAUAUAACUGGACAAAGGAAAUGGCAGUUGAAACUUCCUUCAAACUUUCGCUGUCACGCUGCUGUUUUCCAAGGAACAGCUUAUGUGCUGGACGAUCUACUCAGUCGGAUUCUUCUUUACAAGUACCAUGACUGGUCAGACUGUCAUGUAACCUUUCAAAAUCCUUAUAAUAAAAAUCUAAAUAUUCGACUCGAAGGAAAGGAGAAUGACCAAGUUCUCAUUGGUGAAAUAUGUCAUCUGGCAAAUGGACAGUUGGUGUUGUCCGACAUAUAUAAUGAUUGUUUGUUAUACAUUUCCAACGAAGGGAACAUUGUGUCUAGAUUAUCUCUGCCGUCUACAGCUACAGAUAUAUGUCGAUGGAAUUAUAAUCAGAUAGGCAUCACAUUACCUCUAGAGAAGCAAUUACGGGUCUUCGGAAACGUAUCAAAGGCAGUUAUAAGUGUAGCAUUAAACCAGCCUUAUGUACGGGUGUGUAAGCUGGUUGAAAGUCAUAUUAUUUGUUAUUGCGAUAAACCAUCGCAUUUAGAUAUUUUAAACAUUAAAAAUUGUAAUCAAGUUCAAAUAAUUCAUAGAAUUAAUAUUCCUUUUGUAAUGAAAUCAUUAUCGUUAGAAAAUGAAACACUAAAACUAUUGAUUGUUGGUAAGAAAGCAGUAUUCUUCUACAAGAUCAUCAGGAAGAGGAGAAGAAGUGUUUUACCAUCCCAAGGGAAAACACCCUCCAAUCUCUAUAGUGAUGGUGGUUAUGGCGGUGGUCCUUAUAGCAUUGAGAUGAUACCGAAUAUUUUACUGUCACAAGCGAAAACACAAUCCAAUCUCUAUGGUGGACGUAUUGAUAAAAUGUGUGUCCAUUUGAUAGACAACAGCCGCAUGUUUGCUGUAAAUGAGCAUGACUUGCUGGUGAAAGAUCAUGUCACAAGAAGCCAAAUUAACAUGUUCAUCGAUCUGGUAGAUGUAUUUUCUAGAAACAUCAGUCUCAGUGAAAUGUUGUCUUCUAGAUUGUAUCUACAAGAUAUCACAGUUUCUGAUAAAGCUCAUGAAGUUGUUGUCCCUCAAAGUUUUGGAGAUAAACAUCCAGUGGAGAUUGGUUGUUUGGUUAUUACAGAAAAUAACCUGGUUGCUUUAUAUGACAGCACAAAUGAAAACAUUAAGAUAUUAACUUUUGAUGGUCAACUUGUUGACUCUAUCAAGUUAAAUGUUGUCCCUAGACAUAUGUGUUGCUGGCGAUCAAACACAUUGGUUAUAACGACCAAUAACUAUCAACUGCUGACAUUAAAAGUGGAAUUCCCAUUGGUCUUGGCAACUUACCACACGGAAAAUAGAUACAAUUGUAUCGCUUGUCGAUCCGACAAUCUACUGGUGUGUAGCAGCAGUAGUAGUAGUAGUAGUAGUAGUAGUAGUAGUAGUAGUAGUAGUAGUAGUAGCAGCAGCAGUAGCAGUAAUGUUGGUGGUGGUACCCGCAUACCCGAAAUUGAAAACGGCCUGUUUUAUAUAUAUAUCGAUGAAAUACAGUCAGCUGUCCGUAUUAUGAGAGAAAUAGACUUAUUUUGGAUGUGCUACAGAUAUAAUAUCACCCAUAUCUCAGUUAUUGCUAAUGACAACAUCAUCGUCAAUACCGAGAGGCUCAUCACUAUUCUGAACCCGAACGGGCAAUAUUUAUAUUCAUUUAAGCACAGUAUUUAUUCCCGACCCAUUUCUAUGGCAACCGAUGAUACUUAUUUGUACAUUACUGGACGGAAGAACAUCUAUGAAAACACGAAAAAGUAUCGUAUUGUCUCAUUGUUGCAGAACGGUGAAUACAAGAGAAUAUUCUUAAAUGAAAGACAUUAUAAACGUCCAUUGGAUUUCAACAGUAUUAACUGUAAAGGUCCGAGAAUUGUUGCAAACUAUGACUCGUACUUAUAUAUUGAAGGUUUGUACAAGAUUAAUCGGCAAAAAUUCCCCGUUUCACGGUUACAAACAAACAAUUGUCCUGUCCAAGUAAAAGAUAUCGAUAUCUCUGAUGAAGGAAAGACAGUUGUGUGCGAAAUGGCCAAUAGUGGAAAUGUUAAACUAUUUGAUGAUGACGGGAAGUUGCUAUGUUACAGAGAUUUUGAAAGUUUUGUUGGUGGUGUAUGUUUUACAGGAGAAAGAAAUAUCUUGGUUACACUCCCUAACAGACAAGAAAUAUUUCAACUGAAGUCACAAAACUUGGAGAAAUAUAAAGUUUGGGAAAGUCGAGUACCUUAUGGUAUAAUAUGGAGAAAAGUGGGAAAUAUUUACUGGUGUGUACAUAUCAACAUGAUUGAAUGUGAUACUAUAAAAAUUGAUGGGGACCAACUGAAGGUUCUGGAAUCUAUGUCGUUAUCAAAUCUUGAUUUUGGCCUUCACUUCCCUUCCAUUACAUCUCAGAAGAAGAAGGGAAUGUUCAGUAAUGAAUUAUUUAACAAACUUAAAAACGGUGGCGAUGGAGGAGAAAGAAGAAGUACAUCAAGGGAAAUAGAAGUAAGACGUGGUAAUUACAUAGCGGAAAGUAUGUUAGGAAUUGAUGAAAUAUCAGUGAGAAGACUGCCACAUAGAACAGCAAUGUUCCCGCUUUCAUUUUCUCUAUCUGGUUUACUAGAUUCAAAUUCGAUGUUUUGUUUUCUUAAUGCUUUUAAGCUAAUUAUGUUACAAGACAAUAGUAUCGUCGUGCUCCUCCAUAAAUGUACUCUCAUGGUCACCAGUGGAGACGGUCAUCUGCUUUACAGUCAAACAUUUGAAAAAGAAGCUCAAGAUAUAUGUCAAUGGACCGAUGAAUCAUUUGUAGUCCUCUUUCGUGACGAUAAACAACUGAUUUUCUUCGAUACAGAUUUGUGUCUUUUAAAAAGGAUCACAACUGAAAAACCAUACAAUUUAAUGUACAAAAAGAACGGCAAUAAUCUGGUAUGUGUGUUUGAAGACGCUCCAAAUGAAUGUAGUAAUAUUCCAUAUGUGACAUACGCAGACAUACUUCACAUUGGCCGUGAAAUGUACGAGUAUAAGGGCCAAGUGAAUUUAGGGAAGGAGGGGAAGGUUGUAGCAAUGGGUGUGACAUCGAAUGAAGACAUUGUCGUUCUUAAGUACAAGGAAGAUCAUUACGAUGUAUGUUGGUACAGAGACAAUUGGGUUAGAAGUCAACAACUAAUGAUUCAAGGUGAGGAACCAUUUCCAAACAUUUUCAACAAAUCCUUGACCAUCCACGGCGAAAAUAUUUACAUAUCAGAUUUUAAUAACAAUAUCCACCAAGUAUCUGUAGACAGCAAAUGCGAAAUCUUUCUCAGCUCUCAGGAAAUUGAAGUCUGUCACAUCAAGGCCAUACAUGUUUCGGAUUAUUUCAUCAUGAUUUACGGAAAUUUGGACAACCGUUUUGAUGGAUUAUUUUAUUAUGAGAGAUAAGGCCCUAUAUUGAAUCGAUAUAUGUUACGAGCAAUUGGCAUUAGCAGCCUUUUGACUAUAUUUCUUUAUUCGAUGGGACGCUUCUGGAAUAGUCACACAAAAUACGUAGGUUUUAGCCUGGAUCCUUGAACAAAGAUAGUUACCAUAAUGAUUUCUAAUUAGUUAAUUGAUAAUAAAAUAUUAAUGAACUAGAAACAGUGUAUGUAUUCCACUGGAAUAGCGUUUCACCCCCCAUCCACACACACACACACAAUGACGACAUUAUCUGAUUCAAAUUGUUACUCUUACAUGUUAACAAUCUUAUAAAAGAAACACAAAAUCUCCAUUUAAAUUCUUAUCUUGUCUCACCAUGUCGUCUUUCCACUCAGCAAAUAUUUCAAAUGUUUUUUUUUCUUUACUUGAAUAUAUUUUAUAUAUUUAACCCUAAUUUAAAGAUAAUGCUUAAUCUUAGAAAGUUUGUUUGAAUUCAUCACAAAAUUAUAUUCAUAAACCAAUGCUCGAAAUAUAUAUUACAUUGUAAAGCUACGGCAGAACAUAUUCUAAAAUAUAUAUUACAUCAUACGUUAUAGAGCUGUGUGAUUCAUCUCAAUGUAAAUAAAUAAUAUAUUAUUCAACAAAAA